AUGGUGUACCGCAUCAAGUCUGCGACGCUGACGGAAGCGGGUGCGUCUUCGUCACCGACGGCGAUUCCCGUGAUCGACGCGCGCGAUUCGAUCCUCGUCUCAAACGACGCGUCGACGAGUUCUUCGUCGUCGAGUUGCGGCUCCUUCGCGACGCCGUGCGAUUCCGUUGGAUCGGCGCUCGCCGCGACGACAUCCUCGCCGUCGACGCCGCGAUCGAUCUUGGUACUCCCUGGCACACACACAUCUUCGUGCGGAUCCACGCUCGGGUCUACGGGCGAUGUCACGGUCACCUCAGCGCUCGGGGCGUCUCGCACCGUUUUGGAUUGCGGCGAAAACUCUCGAGGUUUCGAAAUCUCCGGGUCAGACGCCAUCGAAAUCUCUGGUCUCACGGUAAAGAAAGGCCUCGCCACCACGGGUGGUGGAUUUAAAAUUACGAACGCCGAUUCGGUGACGAUUGACAGUGUCGACGUCGUCGAAUGCAAAUCGCAAACCAUGGGCGGCGGCUUGCACGCGAUCAACUCCACGCCGACGAUUCGACAUUCUCGAUUCAUCGGCAACAUCGGUGGGAACGAUCGAAGCGGCAACAACGUCCGUGGAGCCGGCGCGUACUUUCAGACGUCUUCGCACGCUUCGUUGCAAAACGUGAGCUUCAUCGGAAACGAACUGAUGGAUAGUGGCAAGGGCGCCGGAUUGAACGUCGACGAGAACUCAAACGUCACCGCCGUUGGAUUAACGCUCAAGGACAACAAGGCUUUCUUCGCCGCCGGCCUCUUUGUCGGUAGUGGCUGUCAUGGUAACUUUUCAAAUAUUGUCGCCACGGGCAACGAAGCGUCGUACGGGGCUGCUAUCGGUGUCUUUGCCGGUGGUAGACCAAAGUUCAACGGCGGCACCGUGUCAAAGAAUACCGCCACUCUCUGGGGCGCGGGCGUCAUCGUGUACACCACCGCGUCCGCCGAAUUCAACGGAUUCAAUUUCACAGAAAAUGAAGCCGAAAUCGGCGGUGGUGUCUUCAUGUACUCCCAAAGCUCGGCCAAGAUGUAUAACUCGCGCGUGUCUUCGAACGUCGUUUCCAAGCACGGCGCCGGGAUUCGCGUCGAGGACCGCGCCGACCUCGCGUUGGUGAGCACCGAAGUUUCGCACAACGUCGCGAAUCUCGGCGGUGGUGGCGCACACGUCACUACCGGCUCGCUACUUUCCGUGAGGGGUGGUAAGUUCGAGAACAACACCGCUCCGAACGGUGCCGCAUUCAUGUGCGAAGGCGGCGCUCACGGCGGAGGCGAAAUCGUCGGCUCUGGCGUCAGCGUCAAAUCCAACGUCGCUUCUGGUCUCGGCGGCGCUAUGUAUCUCGCAGGUGCGUGCGAUGUUCAAGUUAAAGACGCAUCUGAGAUUGAAUCCAACUCCGCUGUGAGUGGCUCGAGCUGCCGUUCGUUGUACGCCGUCGGUGGAGGCGCUUUUGCGCUCGUACCAAACACCGAGAACGCGCCGACGAAGCUCGCAAUCGAAGGUUCAACGAUCGUUCGCAGAAACACUGCGCCAACUGGUGGAGCGAUUUUCGUCAUUCCUGCAUCGACUUCUGCCGAUGUGAACUCUCCGCGGGGAGCGCAAAUCACCGUGACAUCAUCGACGUUGUCUAACAACGAAGCCAACGGCUGCGGUUCAACCGUACCCGGUCGCGGUGGGGCAAUGUUUGUGGCUGCGGGCAACCACACGCUACUGCAAGCCUCACUCAGUGAAAACACGGCGGACAAAGAUGGUGGAGCGGUGUUCAUCGCGAGCUUCGGCGCGCUGACGAUGGAUUCUUGCACCACGAGCGACAACACAGUGUCUCGGUUCGGCGGCGCCGUGGCGCACGCUGGCGCCAAACUCAAAGUCACUGCCGGUGUGAUCGAAUCCAACAACGCGGGCAGCGGUGGUGGCGUGUACAUCGGUGCUGAUAAUACCUUGCCUAUGUUUGCUCUGAUUGGCACGUCGUUAAAGACGAACUCGGCGACUCGCGGUGGGGCAAUGUAUUUCGCCGCAAAUCUCGCGCUCGGAAUGCUGAGUCAGCUCUCCCUCGAUCGCAACGUCGCGACAGCUGGGGCUGAUUCGUACUGGCUUCGCUCGUCGAGUGCGAACGCGGAGUUUACGUGUACUGGAUGCGCUUACGCUCACGCCAGUGGCUCGAGUACCGGUGUCAUCGCGACCGAGGCUCUCGCGCUGACGACCGCCAGAGCGAUCGCUUCGCGAAUUCAAUCUGGAAAAGUCACGGACGAUUACUCCGUUCAGCUCGUGGACUUCUACUCGAACCCCGUGACGAGUGAGAUCGCGCCGACAGAGUGUACGAUUGCGCCCGUGACGAGCUCUUCUACGCUCGCGCGGCAUGAACUCGAAAUCAGUGGCUCGACGUCUGCUGCAACGAGCGCCGGCGUUGCGACAUUCAGCGGAUCCAUCUUGCGCGGUGAGCUGAACGAGGAGUACACCGCCAAAGUUACGUGCACGCGUGACACCACUAUGUCGCUCACGGACAUCACUCCGCUCUCGCUACCUGUUCGUAUCGGCCUCUGUUCCCCAGGCUCUGAACCGCUCUUCGUGCAGCACGCCGACGGAGUCUCCGUCGCUCGUGAAUGCACGGUCUGCAAAGAUCGGACGUUCAACUUCGACGGCAUUGCGUGCCGCGCGUGUCCUGAAGGUGGCGACUGUCGAGGUGGCACUUCUCUCGAUGCCCUGCCCGGUUGGUGGCGUUCUUCCGAUUCCGCCGAAGUUCUAUUCUCAUGCCCGAUUCGCGAAUCGUGCGUCGCCGGCAACGUCACCGGCGCGAACGCGUGUGACGAAGGAUACGAAGGUCCAGUGUGUGCGCUCUGCGCCGAAGGUUACCGGCACUGGGGUGGAAAAUGCUCAAAGUGCGGCUCCAACGCCUCGUUGGCGAUGCCCACGCUCGGAAUCAUGGCGUUUAUUGCGUUUUUGGUGUACAUCUUCCGCAAGCCUCUCAAGCAAGCCGUCGGCACGGUUAUCUUCGCCGCUCUGCUCUUCGUCGCGCAAAUUGUGGGCUUGCUCAAAGAGUACGACAUCUCUUGGCCUAAAUCUAUCGGUCGAUUGGUUGAAGUGUUGGAUAUCACGAACUUCAACAUGGAGUCCCUCACGCCCGGGUGCUCAUCGAGCAAAUCCAACUACUACUCGACGUACAUCACCGCAGUCGUCGUGCCGCCCGCCGUCACGUUAUUCUGUGUACUCGUGUACGUCCUCAUGGGCGUCAUUGAACGUCGCGCGCCUUUCUAUCGCUUACGCGAAAUGGCGUGCGAUGUGAGAACGAAGUGCCGUCGCAAUGCCACUUGGCUCGUCGUGCUUUCGUACUCGGGCGUCGCGAAGACGGUGUUGCAACUCUACAAUCAGCGCCAUCUCGAUGUGGGCACGUACUUGAGACGGGACUACUCCAUCGACGCCUCCAACACGGAGCACAUGGUUUAUCGCAUCACCGGCUACGUCGCGCUGAUCGUGUAUCCGAUCGGUAUUCCGCUCGUCAUCACGUACAUUCUCGUGCGCAAUCGCAAACGACUCGACGAUCCCUCGGUGCAGGCCAACUUCGGAUUCCUCUACAACACCGUUCGCGAAGAAGUCCCUUUCUGGGAACUCACCGGGCUAUUCUUGAAGUUUAUGCUCGCCGCGAUUCCAGUGUUUGCGAACGAACGCCUGCUGCGCAUGAAGGCCAGUGCGUUCGACACAACGAGCGACUUCAACGGCGCGACGCAACUCUCGCUCGCCCAGCUCUUCAUCGGCGUCGUGUUCAUCGCCACGAUCUGCGUGCGACCGUACAGAAAGACACUGCACAACGUGCAAUUUUCCCUCGCGAUCGGGAUCGUAUUUGCGUUCGUCACCCUCAGUGCGAACGUUUUCAACGCCGUGAACACGUACACGGAGCGUGAAAAAACCGGCGUCGCCGGCGUCGCCGUGGCGCUCGCCGCGGGUGCCCUGUUUGCCUCCGUCGUCAACUCGUUCCGCGCGGGCGAGUUCAAGCCCGCCUCCAAGGGCGACGCCGGCAACGACAGCGACGACAGCGCCAUGAGCGCCGGCGUCGACGUCACCAAGCUCAAGUCAACCGUUUAA